UCACCAAUAUUAAUUUUAAUGACAUAAAAUGUUCCCUAAACAUCUUAUAAUUGAGUUGGUAUACAUUGAGUCAAUUAAUAACACAAAUGGUAUUAGGGGAGAAUAAGGUAUGCCAAACAGUUCUAAAUGUUUACAUGUUUACAUGAUAAUAACUACCUCGUGCAACUCGAAGUAAACAACAACUGUACUGUAACAUUUCGAUUGCCAUGAAACAAUAGGUCAGAGAGUGCUUUCGAAAUCACCAACAAUAGCCGAGUCGUGUGCGCCGCGGACCGCUAGCCACCGUUGCAUUCAUUCUCAUAGUAAACAAUCACUUUUACAUUAUUAAAAGUGUGGGUCAACUCAUUGUUUGGCCUUAUGGUGCUUACUGCAUUAACUAUACAAUACGCAAUAGCCAUGGUAGAGCUACCAACAAAGUCAUUUACAAGUCGAGAGACAAUAGUCGCAAAGUAGCGUGCGGUUGUAGAACGCGCAACGAGCGACGGCGACGUAGAGUCCGAGCGACAGUGACGCUGACGUAGCGCUGAGCCGGCUUGCCGCACGCCGGUCGUCACUCAGGCGCGCUGAGCCAGUGAGUGCCGCGCGCUCGCGGGGACGGACGUAUCGCCCCGCGUACUGAGCGCUCUCGUGUUCUGUGAAUUACGCGGUUCUCGUUGACGCGCUCCAUCUACUAUAGUACGCAUAUUAUAGUGUUGCUCGAGUGACGCUUCGUUUAAGCAUGCUGAUGGUACAGACCAACACUCAACCGAUGAAGAACAACAAAAUUAAAGGACCACCUCCGGUGCCUCCGCGGCCUAACCAGAGCGUGGUGGCGGAGGCCCUGGCAAAAACAAGGAAGGCUGUAGCGGACUCUAAAGCAAGCUUCACUAAGUCUCGCGCCUUCUCUAAGCAGGAUAACCAUUACACACCGAAAUCUAAAACUUUAGAACGAGCUAACACAGUCAGUGAAUCAACAGUGUCACCCAAACAAAAUGGUUUAGCGCGGGUUAAGUCCUUUAUCCGAGAUGUAAUCAGCGAUCGAAGCUCUUCUUCCGAUGAAAGAAAAUCAAGUGGCCAAAAUUCCAGAAGGAGCUCUAGUGACAGUAGUUCUAUUCCCACUCCGACGUCUAAUAAAAGAUCGAAUGAAUCACUUAAUUCUAAAGCUGUUAAAACAUGUAGACAAAUACUUGUCAGAUCUCUAUCAACGUCCAACAAACUAGAUCAAGAUACAAAAUGUAAAGUAUCUAAGUCUUCUAGUUUCGCAGAGAAGACUCUACCUUUACGCAAAGCACCUCCGCCACCGUUAUCACCGAAACCUAAGUUAAAACCAAUGAAGCCUUUACCUGUACAUAAAAGUCCUGUAGAUAAUAAUAAACGUAAGGAAUCGCCAGAAAUAAGUCCUUAUUCAUCCCCAAUAGAUGCGAAACCUCCAAAAAGUCCUGUGGCAGAAGCACCCUAUGCUUCCGUCGAAGAGGUUCAGGAAUUCGACGACAGAUUACGAAAUAGUCCUUCAAAACAAGUCAGUCAACAACCGGAUACAAAAACAAGCAUACAAGCCGAGCCUCCAAGUCCAAAACCGGACGAAAAUGAAAAUAAAAACAUCAACUCCUUGGAAAGAAAAACAUCGCGAGUGACUGAAAUGUUAAUUUCAGAGAUUCUUGCUAGUCGGAAUAAUAAUAAAGACGAGGCGAACACUGUUAUUGAUAAAGGGAAAGAUUCUGAGAACAUGACUAAUGGCAACGAGAGUUCGGAAAUGGAAAUGAUGAAGGACAUGAACAACCAUGAGAUGUUGAUAUACGAGUUGCAGACGAUGCGGUCGCAGUCUAACGUGCCGGAGUCCUUGGACGGGGCGGAGGACCCGGAAACCAACGGGCAGUGCGACUCUGAGGAUUCCGAACACUCGGAACAGAAUUACGCCAUGUCCUCUGUAACUAGCGGGAACACUGACGAUGAUCAGGCUUACGCGUACAUACUCGACGACGACCUUAAAUCUAGACUACGUAAGCAGUUCCGGGCGAUCAGCACGAUGUCUUUGCAAGGACUGCCGCCUCUACCGAAGAGCCUCAGCGGCUUCGCUGACGGCGAGCCUGACCUGCAGGACACACCUUCACCACCCUCGGACAAACCACCAACGGACCUUGACUCACAACUCGCCUACCUGAAGAAAGAAAUGGCUAGUCUACGGCAGCUGGACCUGUCCCUCCUCUCUGAGCUGUGGACCUUGAGCGAGGCUAUGGCGUCUUGGCGGCGGCAGCUCGAGCGAGGCCCGCGCCUGCGACCGGCGCCCCCGCCUCCCCCGCCGCCACACUACCUCCGGACAUAAGCAUAACAACAAAUACAUAAUAAACAAACAACUCAUGUUGUAAUAUCGCCUAACUGAAGACCAGAAAAAGUAGACAAGCUAACAAGUCGCAAAAUUGUACGAAGCUAUUGGCAGAAAACAAAAUUUCCUUUAUCGAAGAUCAAACGAAAUAAAAAAAUACAAUGAUUUAUUCUAUUUUUUGUUUUUUUUUACCUCGAUAUGCAUGUACUGUUUUUCUGGUCUGCCCCAAGCAGAUACACAAAAAAUACAGAAUGACACAUGAGCACACCAGCAUGUCCAAUUCACUUUGUGAAAUGAUGUUUUUUGUGAAUUUGCUCAGCAAGCGAUAAUUAGGAUGUACCUGUAAUAUUUGAUUGUAUGUGUAGUUAGUUAUAAGCAAGUCGAGACUCAUCUUUGUGAAUUAAUGAAAGACUUGGGUUGCCGAAACUACCGAGAUACUUUUUGAAAUAGGAUAUCAAUAACGUACAGAAUGAAAAAUGAAUAAAAAUAGAUUGUCUCUGUAAAUUCACAAUCUAUUUUUUGUAUACCAGAGGUAAACUAGAAAUUGCUUUCAUGGUAAAUCAGUCUCUGGUAUGGGAAACCAUAAAUAGCAUUUAAUUUUGAGCCUUUGAGAUUACUUUGCCUCUAGCAGCUGAAUUAAGAAACCCCAAUACAUAAUAAACUAGGUAAACCCGUUGUAAAAAGAACACUACGGUAAAGAGAAAUUCUAUAUCAAAGUGUCACCACGGACGAAAAAUCGACUGUACAGCGAUAAGCUAAUACGGGAUAGUCAUUGUUAUUUAACAAUCUUAAAAAGUUACUUAGCCUAUAGAAGCAAACUACGAAAUAUUAUAGAUUAUAACAUGGCAACCCCAACAGUGAUGUAAAGUAGUGGUUAUACCAAUGUAUUACUAAUAAAGUUGAUUGAGGAAUUAACUGUAUUUAUUAAGUUUAAAUAAAACUUUUGUAAAUAAACUGA